AAUUUCAAUCAUGGUAAUGCACAUCAAACAGUCUACAGUAAGAUCGAUGUUGAUUGUGGCUCGGCGAGGCAAGAAACGGUUGAACUUGGAUCCGGAUGCACUAGCUGUUCUCACAGCUCUUAUCAAUUUGCUUGCACAGGAGUCGGUAGCUCGAGCCGCACAGUCCGCUGCCAACACUGGAAGCCGCCACGUCACAAAAGAACACUUGAAACGAGUCAUCGCUCAGCUAAUGCUCGAUUUUGCAAUCUAAAAAAAUCAUCUCUUUAACUACCGAUCUUCUUGUUUUCUUUAUAAUUCUGUAUAAAACUAACUUAUG